AUGAUUUUCUUCCGGUCUGAGCCUUUCGCUCUGGCAGCAUGCCUUUACACUUGCGUCUCGUCUGAGCCUGUCAUUCAUCCUCGUCACAACCCUCACAAGGUCUGGGUGACCGUCGACGCCAGCGGUGAUGCACAGACAAUCACACCGUCAGUGUCGGGCAGCACCACCGUGUCCGAAGCUCCCGCGUAUGUUACUCAGACUUCAGUCUAUACCUUGACGACCGCGAGUGGAGUGGUCCGGACAUCCACAGGCAUAGCACCUGUUGCGACCGCGACCGCAAGUUCUGGAGCUGGUGCUUUCUACCAGUGCGGCAACUACCUGAGUUGGGAUGCCCCGUUUUGCCAGCCUCGUCGAGGAAGUGUGCUGAAACCAGGGAUCACAUACUACGUUACAUGGGAUCCAACACAUUUUGCAAGCGAGGACUCUCUGGUCGCUGUCCAAGUUCGAUACUCCGACAAUACCGGAUUCACGGAAGACAGAAACGUCUCGGCUAGUACGGGCUACUACAUUUGGCACGUAGACGAGGAUAUUCUGUCACAAAACGGCCGUGACGGAAGUGAUCUGACUGCGACUUUGUCCCUCGUUGAGGUAGAGACCUCGGACAACGGCUCAAACAGCUCACUGCAAUAUUCUGAUGGGCCGAGUGUCAUUAUUAGCAAGUCGGCACCAUCAUAUUACGCUUCGCCCGAGAACAGCUUUGAGAACCAUGGCAGAACCGUGGCCAUUGCAGUUUCAGUCACAAUCUCAGCCGUGCUACUCGUCCUAGCAAUCUUUGUGAUUUGGAGCUGGAGACGACAUGGACACAAGAUGGCCCACGGCAACUAG